CCUCGAUCUCGCCUCGAGUUCUUUAUAAUCGUGUCUUGAUCUUCUCUCUUUUCGACACACUCUUUCGUGACGCCUCUUAAUUCCGUACCGUCAACAAAAUUUCCCCUCAGGCUACUGGAAUCUCGUCCGCCCCCACACGACUCGGACGAACUUCUUCCCCGCUAUCGAACCAGCCCAGGGCGGCUAUAGCCCUUUCCACUACAGAUCAUGGAUCCUGUGAAUGAUAGACACCAUGGCUCAGACAUAUCGAGUAGUGGCGACACGGUGAACGUGGAAGUCACCAACUACGAAAAGACACAAUUAGGCCAAGCACCGCUACCAGCAGCACCCGCACCCACACCCGCCGCACCCAUCACCGAGAAAGGAUACAAGAGCAAGGAAGACAAGAAUGACAGCAGCAGUGAUGGUGAGGGCGAAGACCCCUUUGGUCACUUGCCGGAACAUGAAAAGUCGAUUUUGAAGCGCCAAUUGGACAUUCCUGUGGUCAAGGUCACUUAUGUGAUGUUGUAUCGCUAUUCUACACUUAACGAUAAGCUGAUCAUGGCUUUGAGCGCUUUCUCUGCUAUUGUUGGAGGUGCUUUGCUGCCUCUUAUGACCGUCGUCUUUGGCGGUCUCACGACCACCUUCAACCAAUUCUUCCUGGAACAGAUUACCAAGGAACACUUCAAUCACGAACUGAACAGGUUCAGUCUGUACUUCCUUUAUCUUGCCAUUGGCGAGUAUGUUUUUGUGUACAUCGCCACUGCUGGGUUUCUCUAUACUGGCGAACAUAUCUCCGGCAAGAUUCGUGAGAACUUCUUAAAAGCGAUUCUUCGCCAGAACAUUGCUUUCUUCGAUCAACUCGGUGCUGGAGAGAUCACAACGCGCAUCACAUCCGACACCAAUCUCGUCCAGGACGGUAUUUCCGAGAAGGUUGGACUUACACUGACAGCUUUGGCAACCUUCGUCACUGCCUUCAUUGUGUCAUUCAUCAAGGACGCUAGACUCACUGGAAUCCUGCUGUCAACCGUGUUCGCCAUUGUCUUUACCAUGGGUGGCAUGAGUGGAUUUAUUGUCAAGUUCAACAAGGCAUCCCUGUCCUCCUACGCCGAAGGCGGUACCGUGGCUGAAGAGGUCAUCAGUUCCAUCCGAAACGCAAAAGCAUUUAACACCGAGAGAAAGCUUGUUGCUCAAUACGAUGCUCAUCUUGCCGUGGCUGAAAAGUGGGGUUUCAAAAUGAAGGCAGUAACUGGUUCGAUGAUCGGUUUUCUGAUGUGUUACGUCUACUUGAACUAUUCUUUGGCCUUCUGGAUGGGUUCGCGAUACCUCGUUGGUGGUCGUCUGAAGGUCGGAGAUGUGCUGACAAUCAUCUUGAGCAUUAUGAUUGGUGCUUUUGCCCUCGGAAAUGUCGCUCCCAAUAUCCAGGCCUUUACAACUAGUGUCGCAGCCGCAGCCAAAAUUUUCGCAACCAUUGACCGCGCAUCCCCUCUGGACCCUGCCUCCUCAACAGGCGAGACACUCAAGAGUGUCGAAGGCCAUAUCGAGCUGCGCAACAUCCGUCACAUCUACCCCUCUCGCCCGGAAGUCACAGUCAUGGAAGAUGUUAGUCUCCGUAUUCCUGCUGGAAAGACAACUGCCUUGGUUGGUGAGUCAGGCUCUGGUAAGAGUACCAUUGUCGGUCUUGUCGAACGUUUCUACGACCCAGUUGGCGGAAAUGUCUACCUCGAUGGUCAGGACAUAUCUACUUUGAACUUGCGCUGGCUCCGUCGCCAGAUCUCUCUUGUCAGCCAGGAACCUACUCUGUUUGCUACUACCAUCUUUGGCAACAUCCGUCAUGGUUUGAUUGGUACAGUCCAUGAAAACGAGUCUGAGGAGAGAAUCCGCGAACUGGUCGAGAAUGCUGCCAAGUUUGCAAACGCUCACGACUUUAUCACCGGUCUACCUGAAGGCUACCAGACCAAUGUUGGUGAACGCGGUUUCCUGCUUUCUGGUGGUCAGAAACAGCGAAUUGCUAUUGCUAGAGCCAUGGUCAGCGAUCCUAAAAUUCUUCUUCUCGACGAAGCUACUUCUGCUUUGGACACCAAGUCCGAGGGUGUCGUACAAGCCGCUCUGGACAAGGCAGCUUUGGGCCGAACGACCAUUGUUAUUGCCCACAGACUCUCCACUAUCAAGGGUGCCGACAACAUCGUCGUCAUGUCCCGUGGCCGUAUUGUCGAGCAGGGUACUCAUGAUGUCUUGAUCGAACAACGAGGUGCUUACUACAACUUGGUCGAAGCUCAGCGCAUUGCUGCCGAGACUGAGAAUAAGGAUCUUGAAGAAAUCGCCAUCUUUGACGAAAAGGAUCAGAACCUCACUCGUGUUGCCACUCAAGGCGAGGAUUUCGAAAAUGACCCCAACGAUCUUAAGCUUGGCCGUACCCAGACAAGCAAGUCGAAGUCCAGUAUUGCGCUCCAGAACAGGAAGACCGAAGUUGAGAACCGCUAUUCUCUAUGGACUUUGAUCAAGCUAGUUGGCAGCUUUAACAAACAGGAAUGGCUCUAUAUGACUAUUGGUAUCAUUUGCUCUGUCAUAACUGGUGGCGGAAACCCAACACAGGCCGUCUUCUUCGCCAAAGCUGUUACCGCUCUUUCCCUGGAUACAAGGGUCCCUGCCAAUCGCGUUACAAUCCGCCACGAGGCAAACUUCUGGUCCUGGAUGUACUUCAUGCUUGCCAUGGUGCAAUUUCUGGCAUUCAUUAUUCAAGGAUAUGUAUUUGCUAUCUGCUCUGAGCGACUGGUCCAUCGAGCCCGUGCGCAGGCUUUCAGAACGAUGCUGCGUCAGGACAUUGCUUUCUUCGACAAAGAAGAGAACACCGCUGGUGCUUUGACCUCCUUCCUGUCAACCGAGACCACUCAUCUCGCUGGCAUGUCUGGUGUGACCCUGGGCACGCUUCUUUCCGUCAUCGUAACUCUCAUCGCCGCCUUCGCUGUUUCGUUGGGCGUUGGCUGGAAGCUCAGUCUCGUCUGUAUCUCGACCGUACCUAUCCUGCUUGCAUGUGGCUUCCUGCGCUUCUGGAUGUUGGCUCGCUUCCAGGCCAAGGCUAAAAAGGCUUACGAGAAGUCUGCCAGUUAUGCCUGCGAAGCUACUUCCGCCAUCCGCACCGUUGCUUCAUUGACAAGAGAGGACGAUGUUCACAUCCACUACCACGAUCAACUUGUAGAUCAGGGUCGCAAGUCGCUUGUCUCUAUCUUGCGCUCCUCGAGUCUCUACGCUGCCUCUCAAUCUCUCAUCUUCUGUUGCACUGCUCUUGGAUUCUGGUAUGGAGGACGCCUGAUCUCCGCUGGCGAGUACAACAUGUUCCAAUUCUUCCUUUGUUUCAGUGCAGUCAUCUUCGGCGCCCAGUCAGCAGGUACCAUCUUCUCUUUCGCUCCCGACAUGGGAAAGGCAAAACAGGCCGCGGCCGAGCUCAAGCAGCUGUUUGAUCGCCAACCUGAGAUUGACAGUUGGAGCGAAGACGGCGAGAAGCUUACCAACGUGGAAGGUCACAUCGAAUUUAGAGACGUGCACUUCCGUUACCCUACCCGCCCUGAGCAGCCUGUUCUCAGAGGACUUAACUUGACUGUCAAGCCCGGUCAAUACGUCGCUCUGGUCGGUGCCAGUGGCUGUGGCAAGUCGACUACUAUCCAACUUCUGGAGCGCUUCUACGAUCCUCUUGCUGGUGGUGUCUACAUCGAUGGCAAGGAAAUCUCGAGCCUCAAUGUCAACAAUUACCGCUCAUGGAUUGCACUGGUCUCUCAAGAACCUACUCUUUAUCAGGGUACUGUCAAAGAGAACAUCCUCCUCGGUGCCGACAGAGAGGACGUUCCCCAAGAAGCUAUCGAGCAAGCCUGCAAAGACGCCAAUAUCUACGACUUCAUCAUGUCACUGCCGGAUGCUUUCGACACUAUCGUCGGUAGCAAGGGUAGCAUGUUGUCAGGUGGUCAAAAGCAGCGUAUUGCCAUCGCCAGAGCGCUACUCCGUGAUCCCAAAAUUCUCCUCCUCGAUGAGGCCACCUCAGCUCUCGACAGUGAAUCUGAGAAGGUUGUCCAAGCAGCACUCGACAAGGCCGCUAAGGGUCGCACCACUAUCGCCGUCGCACAUCGUCUAUCUACCAUUCAACGCGCCGACAUGAUCUACGUCUUCGAUGCCGGUAAGGUCGUCGAGGCCGGCACACACGCAGAGCUUCUCCACCUCAGAGGCCGUUACUUCGAGCUGGUCAACCUGCAGAGUUUGGGCAAAGCACAGUAAACACGACGCUCCCACACCCAACGGUUUUCAUUUUCACUUCACAUUUUCGUUCUGGCUGCAACGCCUGUUUGUCCACAGUGUAUAUAGACUGCUCGUGGCAACCAUUUUUGUUCUUGGAUACCCAUUUUAAAUUAGACCCUUUCAUUUGACGGAGGACGGACAUAUGUAUGCA